CAACAACAACACCGUCUUGUCUCUGCUCUAUCAUUUCAAGAUGGCGGACCUCUUAGGUUCAAUUUUAAGCUCGAUGGAGAAACCUCCGACAGUCGGCGACCAGGAAAGCCGACGAAAGGCUCGAGAGCAAGCAGCCAGACUCAAGAAGAUGGAAGAAAAUGAGAAAAGAAAGAAAGCAGAGUUCAGAAAAAAGAUGGAGAAAGAGGUGUCAGAUUUCAUCCAAGACAGUUCACAACAGAAGAGAAAAUAUAACCCUAUGGGGAAGAUCGAGAGGAGUAUAUUGCAUGAUGUUGCAGAAGUAGCUGGUCUGACUUCUUUUUCUUUCGGGGAGGAUGAAGAGAGCCGUUACGUAAUGCUUUUCAAGAAGGAGUUUGCUCCAUCAGAUGAGGAACUGGAAGCUUAUCGCAAAGGAGAGGAGUGGGAUCCUCAAGUGGCAGAGCAACGUCGCAGACUAAAAGAAAUGGCUGCACUGGAAGAAGCAGCAUCUAGUCAGACAAAGAAGUCGGAAACGUGUCCCAACUCCAAUUACAGAGACAAGUACAGUCACUUGAUUGGCACCUCAGCUGCAAAAGACGCAGCACAUACACUAGAGGCCAACAGCGCUUACGGCUGUGUUCCGGUGGCCAACAAAAGAGACACCCGCUCCAUAGAAGAAGCCAUGAAUGAAAUCAGAGCGAAGAAACGGCAGAAGCGGGAGGACGACACGGGGGCACCGAGCAGCAGUUCUUGAAUCUGCUGCUCUCUGUCUACUGGUGUGUGUGUAUGUGAGUGUGUGUGUCUGUGUGUGUCUGGACACCUUACUGUGUCCAUAUACACAGUUUAAAUGAUCCUAUAAUGCAAUAUUCUGUACUUCAGACAUUUAAAAGUAUAACUUAUAUGACAAGCGGUGAAUCUAGUAUGUAUGCCACUCUCUGAUCCAGACUGUGCUGGAAUCUUGAAAUGUUGUUAAUGAGGAUGCUCAGGUGUGUCUAAUCCAGGAAGUGGAUCACUAUAUAUGUCUUCUUUAACAUUUUCCCGUGACGUUCUGUCAGUUAUCAAGCCUCUCACACAUGAUUGGACCAUAGACAGUAUGAGAAACUUGUUUUGAUAAAACAGUGUGUCGAGGUGUUACUUAAAAACACCCAAUAUCUUCAUACGUAUAUUUUUAAAGAUUUCUUUUGGGCAGUGAUAUAAAUAUUUGAUGGAAAUUUGCAUUCACAGUUCUAAGUGACAUUUUAAUCAUUAAGAAUAUUGACAAUUUUAGCUUUAACCAGGCAGCACGACGUUUUGAUAGCAAUGUUUUAGGGGCGAGGCAUGUCUGAAAAGUCCCAUUGACAGUGUUCCUAACAGCCAGAGCAGUUUUAAAAGGGAAACAGGAAUGCCGUCUAUUGACCAUCUUUUGAUGUGGUUUAUUGAGUUGUUUUUUCCUUCUAGUCUCAGCCUGUUUCAAAUCUUUGGUAGAGUAGGGAUCAUGUCAGUUCUUCCAUCUCAAGGAUAAUGUCUUUUUAGGAAAUACCAUCGUGUGAAUAUUAAGAAUUUGUGAUUAAGUCAGAGUUUUUUUUUUCUUUGUUUCUGUACAUCUGCACUGACUGUGAAUUAAUCUGUUACUCCGAAAUAAUGUUUUGUCAGAAAAGCCGAGUGAUGGCUUGCAAUAGAUGUCACAGCAGGGAGAGGAAGUACCAGACUCCAUGUCAGGAUAUGGAUGACUAAGUUUUAUUCCAAGUCUUUUGUUUGUCAUAUUUUUUCAAGCAAGGGUUUCUUGGCAUCAUGAUGUCGUUUUUUUUAACAUGGUUGCACUGUUUUAUUCCCAAUGUGUAUUAAUAAAUGGAGAACAGUA